AUUUAUUUUUAAAGUGUAUUUUUAUUAUUAUUUUAUUUUUAAAUCGUAAAUCAUGUCGACUGGUAAACGUUUAGCGAAACGUUCCAUAAUUGGGACGCGUGUAUGUGCACCAGGGGAUAAUGGUAAAUAUUAUUCGGGUGUUAUUCAUGCUGUUAAAACACCCGCAACAUAUCCAGAAAAUAAUAAUUGUAUAAAUUUAACAACAAAUACACGAUAUUCGGUUCGUUUUGAUACGAAAUUAGCGGUUGGGAAACGAGGUUGUCGCGAGUAUCGUGAAUGUGAGUUAAUUGGACCCGGGUUCGGUUCAAUUACUGGACUGACGUUAAUGCAUGGUCAAAAAGUUUUUAUUACGUUUAAUGGACGUGAAACAUCUGGGGAAGUGAUUCGACAUCAGCCAGAAAUCGAUGAAGUUUUGAUUUUAAUUUAUUUCCAAGAGACGCCUGUGGAGGUGACUAAACGUAUCGAUGAGGUACGUCUACUUGAAUCCAGAAAGUCAGCGAGGUUGAUGGACCAAGAUACAGAUUUUGCGAGACUUGCCGACAUGGCUGGCGGUGAACGUAAGCGACAAGCAUCGCACACCAUUGAUGUACCACAAGUUCAACAGGGGUCACGUAAACGACGGCCAAGCAGUAGUCAUGAUGACAUGUACGAUUCAGAGGACGAUCUGAUGGAUGAGUGCAGUGCAGCCUUGGUCUUAAUGAGUUUAUCAUGUUCACCCAAAUCAUCACACAUGCCAUCUUUCGGUGAUUUUAGUCCAACAGAUGGCAGUAGCAGUUCAGCGUCAUGGCGUUCAGGAACACCAUCGCCACCACUUAGUGAGGAGGGCUCAUCGGCUGCAUCUUAUUGGAAAUAUCAAUCGAACACGUCCGAUGAAGGUAUCGUCGUUGAUUAUAUGGAUGAAUUGCCACGGAAGAAAAAGGCUAGUAAUCGAAUGAUAUUCCAAUGUACAUGGCCUGGCUGCCUCUACAUGACCAAAUCUUGCACCACAAUCGAAGCUCACGUACGAAAUGUACAUUUAGGACCCAGACAGAAUGAAGAUGAUUUAUCCGAUCACGAAGAAGAAUUUUAUUACACAGAAGUUGAAUUGGGCUUACAUCAUUCGUCGCCACCCACAAUGUCACACCAAGACAUGGCACGGCCGCCUCACGAAGACCCAGAAUAUCAACGACAAUUUGUUGGUAAUUUACGUACGAAUUUAUUAGCGGCCGCUGCAGCUGCGGCUAACAAUAAUUCAAUUGUGACGCAAUCGUCCUCAGUAACGGCCACUGCCUCAAUACCAUCGAUAUCUACCGUUGUCCAAUCACCGACUCCAAUACAAUCGCCGACGUCGCACACUAUCACUCAACAUCAAAUCAACGUAAUACAAGCGACGCCAUCCACAUUUACAUAUAACACACCGACAACCUCAUCUUCAACGGUCUCAUCCUCUUCGUCGCCCAUGAAACACCACAAGUUGAGUCCAAGGCCGGUCAGUGCAUUCCCAUAUCCAUCACCGUCCAGUCCUCCAGCGUUGUUAUCGUUAAGUGCUCCCGCACCCACACGUACAAUACCACCCAGUCCAUCGCGUCGAUUACGUGGCGAAAACAAAAAAUGCCGUAAAGUCUAUGGCAUGGAACAUCGUGAACUGUGGUGUACACAAUGUAAAUGGAAGAAGGCGUGCAGCCGUUUUGGGGAUUAAGAAAAUUAUUGCAAAACCAUUUUUAUUUUAUGACGCAAUUUUUUUUUUCUUUUAAUCGUAAAAUCCCGACUUAUCGUCCCAAACCCCGAAAUUAUGAAUUAUCAAUUUUACCAAUAUUUUUAUAAAAGUUUAAAAAAAUCCAAAAAAAAAAAUAUAUUUGCUCCUUGCACACAAAAAACCACAAAAAUGCUCAUUAAUGGAGCAGAUUUGGUGCUGUCUUAAUUAAUGGAUAUUUUUGUAAUUUAAUCGGCACUCGCUACGGUUGUGCAAGGCGCGAAUAAAUGAGACGAUUUUUUAAAUAGAUGCUUGACACGGUUGGAUUAUAAAUAAAUAGUUUUGUGAAGACAUCUAGUGCUUAAAAUUGAAAGUAAAAUAAGAUUGCUGUAUAUAUUUCUCAGAAGUUAAUUAUUACAAAUCAAUACUUGCCGUAGAUUCAUAUCAAUUUUUCUUACUUGAGUUAAAAAUCGAAGCACUAGAAGAACACUAAUGGAGAGUAGAAACUUUGGAAUACUGAGAAUAGAAAAAGAAAAUCUUUUCGUACUUAAAAACCGUCCUCAUAAACAAAUACACAAACUAAUUGAUAUCGAAAAUUUUAAAAAAUCGUCUCUGAUUUAUACAGCGUGUAUUGGUAUGCGAUGUAGACCAAAGCAGAUUUUUAAAUAACAACACCACGACCUACAUCAUAUAGCUGUACACACUGUAUAUACAGGGUGUCUUUAAUUAACCCUGGAAAAUUUUAUUACGAGCAAAGAAAACAUCUUUAACAAAUUUCCAUCGGAUAAUUUUUGAGGUAUUUCGAGAUAUCUUUCAUCCAAUCAGAAAGCAGUUAGAUUCAGAAUACAAGUAAUCAAGUAAAUUGAUAAUUAUUGACUCCUGACUCUAACUGCUUUGUGAUUGGAUGAAAGAUAUCUCAAAAUAUCUCGGAAAUUACGAAUCAGAUAAAAAUUUUUUAAAGACAUUUUUCGUUUGUCUCGAUGACCUUAAUCUCGUAGUUGAGUUUUCCAAGGUCAAUUUAAA